UCUUUCAAUGCCGGAAGUCGGGUGGAAAGUAAUUACUACUUCCACUUAGCAGAAGGUGACUACAAAGCGCUUCUAAGUACUCUAACCUAAAUUAGAAUAGAUAAGCAGCAUGAGAAUUUAAAUUUCCGCGAUAUCUGGUAGGGGACAGAAAGAUAAGCAAUCUUGCCGGUAUUAUUUUUACAUACUGAUCGAGGAUGAAUAUCCGAAAUGAAAUCUCUCGUCAUAGCGUCACAUGAUAGGGCAUGCAAUCUGGUAGAAUUUCAUAAUCGGUACGUCAGAAUGAACUAGCCUGUCCUUUAAUUCCAUCUCUUAGAACAGUAUAUGUAUCUGACCGCACAAUGAAACGUGGUAAUUAAGGGAAUCCUAUUUUAGCAUGGUCUCCUUAUUGCUAAUCUUAAUUAAAUUCGAUGCAUUACCGAUAUGCCAGAAUGACUUAUUCCCAACUCGUCAAUUGUCAUAAGGAACAAGCGGGGCAGGGAAACGUCUGCGAUCACACAAUUAACACACGAGUUACACAAUAGCCAGAAUGUCUGGAUCCCCAACGCGUCAAUUGUCAUAAGCUCUAGGAACAAGCGGGACAGGAAAACCUCUGCGACCACACAAUUAACACACUGUUAGACAAUAGCCAGAAUGUCUGGAUCCCCAACACGUCAAUUGUCAUAAGGUACCCUAUUGCGACAAACGGCGGCUUUGAAUUGCCACCAAGAAUUUGUCCAUUGUUCAAAGUCAGUUCAGUCAAUCUUCUGCUCUAGGAACAAGCAGGGCAGAAAAACCUCUUCGAUCACACAAUUAACACACGAGUUAGAAGAUCACAUAUUGGGGGGAACAAUAAAAAAGUGGUCAUUGAUGCAUCGCGACACACAGCGCGCAAUAGCUUCACUCGACCUGGCUGCAUAGACGCGAAGAUGAAAAGGGUCCUUAUAGUCUUUGUGUGGUUUGCCAUUCGAAAAAACUGGGAAACUGAUGGUGCGAGGAUUCUCGGGAUAUUCCCGACAGCAGCUUACAGUCAUCAGAGGGUCUUCCAUGCACUGAUGUUGGCUCUGAACAAACGUGGGCACGAAAUCGUGAUGCUCACCACACACCCUGUCGGGGAUCCCACCCUGAGGAACUUCACAGAGAUCGACUUGGGGUUCGCUCGUGAACAUUUACCGGACGUUAAUUACAUCGAGUGGCGACGGACAUCUUCUUGGGUGGACAUAGUUCCGAAAGUUUUCGAUGGCAUGGGAAGUGCAGUUGUGAGCAUCUUCGAGGACCCGAACGUCAGGAAGCUGUAUGAGUCUGAAGUCCAGAGAUUUGAUGUGGUCUUUGUUGAAGUCUUUUGUUGGCACGCGAUGUAUAGUUUCGCUUGGAGGUUCAAUGCUCCUCUAAUAGGUGUCACAUCGCUGGGUGAGUCCAGCUUGAAUCGAUACUCCAUUGGUGAACCAGUAAUGACAUCUCAUCCUUCCAUGUGGGAGCUUCAGAGGCGAUCCGGCAUCAACUUACCAUUUUGGAAAAGAGUGGUUAAUUUCGUUGAAGUUUGGCGGCUCAUCUACGAUAUCCGGGCUAAUUACAUGGGCGAGUUGGACAGAUUGGCGAGGAAGUACCUCGGUCACGAUAUGCCCUACAUCGGGGACAUCGAGAAGAACAUGAGUCUGUUGAUGGUGAACCAACAGUUGCCAAUCUCGGAAGCUGCGCUUAUCGCCCCGAAAGUCGUCUACAUAGGUGGCAUCCAGGUGGAGUUAAAGAAGCCGCCACCUUUGCCAGAAGAUCUUCAGAAGUUCUUAGACGAUGCUAAUGAAGGAUUUAUCUACGCGAGUCUUGGGUCAACUGUGACGAACAAUAUGUUGCCAAUGGAAACAAAGGAAUUGUUCUACGAGGUGUUCUCCGGUCUGCCGUGGCGAGUGCUUUGGAAGGCCUCGGAAAAUAGUUUCCUGGAGAAGAAGGGAAAUGUCCGCAUUGUAGAGUGGGUGUCACAGAAAAAGGUUCUAGCCCAUCCCAAUAUUAAACUUUUCAUCUACCAGGGUGGUUUGCAAAGCACUGAAGAAGCGAUUAACAAUUCAGUGCCUCUUUUGGGAAUGCCUAUUUUAGCUGACCAAGAUUGGCAGGUUUCGAAAUUGGUGUCUCUCGGGGUGGCGAGAUGUCUGGAAAUUAUUGACUUGAAGAGAUCCGAGUUUGAAGAGGCAAUCAGGGACCUUAUCAUCAAUCCCAGGUAUAAAAAGCGGAUGGUUGAACUCCACUCUUUGAUUGCGGAUAAACCAUCUGAGUCUUGGGAGACUGCUGUGUGGUGGACGGAAUACGUGAUACGCCAUAAAGGAGACAUGUCUCAUCUACAUUCUACAACUGCAGAUGAGCCAUGGCAUCAGAGAUUCGAUCGAGAUAUCAUAGCUUUCUUCGCCUCCAUAGCAACUUUGGCAGCGAUUUUAAUAUCCUUUAUAGUUAUUAACAUUUCAAGACGCAUCUUCCUCGCCGCCACUUCUGCGAGGUCCUCCAAGAAAAGUAAAACAAAUUGAUAGGGUCUUAUUUAUUCCAGAAGUGUCCUAGAAGUUCCGAUGCGUUGAAAAUUAUAUAAAUACUGUAAACAAUUAUUUGAAUUAUAUUUGCACGUCUUUGUAGAUAA